ACAUUUAGCCACAGAGAUGGCAGUGAAUCUCCUUCACUGUUAGAUCUUCUUGUUAGUCUGGGAAGAAACCAUCAUGCAACAUUAGCCUUGGCAGACCUCAAAGCAGAGCUUAAUUAUUCUCCUGGUACAAUAGUUUAUAUCUCAGGAAGGGUGCUAGAAUACUCUGUUGGACCCUGGCUUAAUGGAGAACAGUUCGUAAUUGCC